AUGGCCAAACCGCCAUUCGCCGCUCAGAUUGCCCUGCAGUAUACGCCGCAGCAAGAAACAAACGAAGGAGUAGAGGAUGUUUGGUCUGGCCUGUCUAACGAGGCUGAGCGAAGAAAGGCACAAAAUCGAGUUUAUCAGAGAGCUUGGCGGAGAAGAAAGAAGCUUCAGCAAUCACAGUUUCGCGUAGUUAAAUAUGCAACUGUUGAGUCGAACAGUACUUCCGCGCAAAAGCUUGCACCCUCGGAGACUAGCUCGUUCAGCUCUAGUGGCUCAUCAGAGGGUAGCUCGCUGAUGUUAAGAGCUAAAGAUCAUCAUUUCUCCCAUUCACACUCAGAUGUAACUCAGUGGCAAGAGGCUGAUCUGCUUGAAGCCUUCAAUUCAGCUGCAGGUCUUUCUCAAAUCAAAACUCGCGAGCGUUCUCGAACAGCUGUUGCAUGCGCACAAGGCAAUCUGGGUGAUUCUGUGAUUAUAGAGUGGUUGCAAAAAUGGCCACCAAGCAAUUAUACGAUUGGAUCUCCGAGGAGCGACAAACUGCUAGUUCUCGUCAAAGUCAAUGUGUUCCGAGCUCUCAUCAGCAAUUCCAUGACUCUGAAUCCUAUCUGA